AUGGCUUCCGCUACUCCCGAGCCUCAUGCGCUGGACCAUUCCAACCUUAUUUCUACACUCCAUUUCUCGCAGAAGGCUCCUGUGAUACUUGGUGGGAAGAGUGGAUCGGAUAAUCCUGAGACAUACGACACGUUGGAACAGCUUUUCUUGUCGUGCCUUCAGACCGGUGACGAUCAAUCAGCUUUACGAUGCCUUGAUCAGUUGACGCACAGAUUCGGAGCUUCGAAUGAGAGGAUACAGGGCCUUCGUGGCUUAUACCAGGAGGCCAUCGCCGGGAAACAAUCUGAUCUGGAGGACUGCCUGCGGAAAUAUGACGAAGCGCUUGCCGAGAACCCUAUGAACUUGCCUAUCCUCAAGCGCCGGAUUUCGCUUUUACGUUCUUUGUCUAAACCCGCAGAGGCCAUCAGCUCCCUGGUCGAAUUAUUGAAGGCUGUGCCUACAGAUUCGGAGUCUUGGUGCGAACUCGCUGAUCUCUAUCUAUCCGAAUCCAUGAUUUCUCAGGCGGUAUUCUGCUUGGAAGAGGCCCUGUUGCUUGUGCCUAAUGCUUGGAACAUCCACGCUCGCUUAGGUGAGGUCUUGUACAUCGGCGCUUGUUCCUCCGACGGCGAAACAUCCUCCCAACUCCUCGAACGGUCAAUACGUUACUUUUGCCGAAGUAUCGAGCUUUGCGAUCACUAUCUUAGAGGACUGUACGGCCUCGCGCUGGCCACAUCACCAUUUUCGAAGAAUAAGCGUUCCAGCGACCUUCCGCAGAAGCCGGUGGCGGUGUCCGUCUCGAACGAGUCGUUUGAGAAGCUGCAUGAAUUCGCAAUCGGGGAGCUUCGGAGUAUUGUGGAACAACGUUCGUUGAACCAUCGAAAUUGGGAGUUUGCCCAAGGAGAACUCAUCGCUGCGAAAGAACUUCUUGACCUCAUGGGAAGUUCUUCAUGA